GGCUUGAGCCCAGGACAACAGAGCAAGCAGACACUGGCUUUAAGGGCUGUAUACAACCCACAUAGUCAACAAAAUAGACCGGUGAUGAAUGAAAAUUUUGGAAUAAUGCUCCCUUUGAUACCACAGACAAAAGAAAAGAAGAAGUCUUCCCAGCGAGAUCUACGUUUACCUGUGCCACCUCCUAAGCCAAUCAUGGGCAGUACAAUAGAGCCUCUAGCUGUCUUGCCAAAGGCCAACAGGGUGGAUGCACAGCUUGCCCCACCUCCUAUCACAGAGGAUGAUGCCAGGAAGGGUAUUCUCAGUUUGAUAGAGAGAGGUCUUAUCCCACCAGCAGCACAGUUGACCCUUGACCCAUCCCCUGUGAAGAAUAGAAUGGUCCUACUUCACCACCCUGAGGAUAAAAAUAAACCACCCUGUACCCCAGAAGUAGCACCUACAUUAGCUGGAGUAAAGCUGGACCUGGUAACCAAGAACUACGAGUCUGUCAGUGAAACAAUGGCUAGAAUGCCUGUGAUACCACCCCACCCACAAUCUGUAGGAAGUUUGGGUAUGAGCAGGACAACGUCUGGCAAGACCCGUACCACGUCUGCUGCAUCUAGUCAGAAGGCAAAGACUCCGGCUACUAUGAAAACUUAUGAGAUGCCUAUUCAGCCAUUGAAACAAAACCUGUCAGAUCUAGUUCUUGUGGUAAGCUAGUCCUAAGUUUAAUUUCAUUUCCCUUUUAUAAUUGUUCAUAUAACAUUCACAAUAUUUGGAUAUUUUCCCACAUUAUUUUACAUUACCCACUUCACAUAUCCUAUUACAAUGUUUGCUUAAUGUAUAUUAUCAAAUGUUAAAGACCCAUAUCCCUUUCACUUAAUCAUUUCAUAUAUAUGUGCAUAUAUUCCUAUGUAUUUAUUAACCGCCUCUGUGGUCGAGGGGUUAGAGUCGAUGACUUCUAAUCCAGUUACCUCUCUGGCGUGGGUUCGAUCCGCGGGAGAUGCUUUGGUAGUUUAGCACGGAGGAAGGUAGUCUUAGUACUGGUGUAACUCUCCAGGAACGAUGGUUAGGAAACUACCUGCCUAUAUGACUGAAAUACUGUUGGGAAAAGGCGUAAAAUGAAACAAACAAACAAUGUAUUUAUUAUUUAUUGUUAAACUGACCCAUACAGCUUGCUAGUGCUCACCUAUACAUGUACUGAGUCCAGAGAAAAAGUUUAAUUUGUCUAAUGCAGUCUGUCAAGAUAAAAGAGCUUAAAUUUUGCACUCAUAAUGUUAUCAAUCUUUUUAUUGACGAUAUUAGAUCGAAUAAUGCAAGCUCUGCCACAGUUUAGAUUAUUAGGCAG